CAUGGGCUAAAAGCAUGUUGCCUUACACCCAAAGAUUCAACCAUUACAGACCAAAAAUCAAUCUCUCAUCAAAUAAGCCUUUCUCACUCAAUUAUCUCUUUUCAUAUAAAGAACUUCCUUCUUCUACCAAAUGCGCGCUGUCUCUUCUUUGAUCUCUAUUUCGUAGCUUCCUCUUUUUUCUACUUUAACAAAUCUGCAGUCUGAUUAAAGAUAUUGGAUAGUCGCUCUGAAAUUCAUUUCACUUACAGAUCCGAUCAGAAGCAAAUUAUAAUCUUUGCCAAGUUACUUCUUCCAAUCAACUCAAAGUGUUUUUAUCUAGAGAUUAAAGUUUGUGGGCAUUUACAAAGACAUAAUACAAGCUUUUCGAGAUCAAACAAAUGCCAAACAUCUCUAAUCCAGAUAAUGAUAUAGUUGUGGGUUUCAAGAACGAUGAAGAAACUAUCAUAGAACAUCUUAUUUAUGGGUCAGACGAGAGAGAAGUUAUUUUAAUUACUGGCAUGGGCGGAUUAGGAAAGACAACUUUAGCGAGGAGAGUGUAUGAGGAGAAAAAUGUAGUCAACUAUUUUGAUAAGCGUGCAUGGUGUACUGUUUCUCAAGAAUAUGAUUGUAAGAACUUGUUGAACAAAAUAUAUAACGAUGUUUGUGGCCACAAGACGGAGAUUGACAGUAUAGCUGAAGAGCUUCGCAAAAGCCUUAUGGGAAGGAGAUACCUCAUAGUGUUGGAUGAUAUUUGGAGUGAGAAAGCAUGGGAAGAGUUGGAUAGAGUUUUUCCCUCAUGUGACAAUGGAAGUAGAAUUGUUUUAACAAGCAGACAAGAAAGUGUGAUUUCUAAUGCCAAACAUAUUUGUUUUCCUUUCUUCACUAUUGAUGAGAGCUGGGAAUUAUUGCAAGUGAAGUUAUUUAAAGGAAAUGGAUGUCCUGAAGAACUUGAAAAUGUUGGAAGAAAAAUAUCUAAAAAAUGUGGGGGAUUACCUUUGACAGUUGGUUUGAUAGCGGGUCUUCUUGAAAAAGUUGAAAAGAGUGAGCAAAUGUGGUGUGAAUUUCUUCUAACUCUAAACUCACAUGUUACAUUUGGAGACAGAAUACAAAGCAAUGAUGCGAUAGAGCAUAGUUACAAGUAUUUAUCAGAUCAUUUGAAACCAUGCUUACUUUACUUUGCUGCAUUCCCAGAGGAUGAAGAAAUUGAGGUUUCGAAACUAAUAGAACUAUGGAUAUCUGAAGGAUUCAUCAUAGGAAUGACAGAGCAAGGGAGAGUAGAAGAUGAAGCAGAGGAUUACUUAAACCAUUUGGUUAGUAGUAACCUAAUUAUGGUGUCUAAAAAGAGUUAUGAUGGUUGCAUCGUAGAAUGCACGGUACAUGAUUUGGUACGUGACUUUUGCUUAACAAAAGCUAGAGAAGAAAUUUCCUUGGAGAUAAUUAAUAUGGAAAAAGAGUGGGAUCCAACUCUGAAUUUUACCCCACAUCGAAUAUGUUUUCAUAUGCAUUCCACAUAUGAUAUUGCUUCUGAAUUGGUACCAUGGAAUUCUUCUACUAUUCACACAGUUCUAGUUUUCCAUUAUUCACCCUUUUAUAAUGCCUCAUGGAUUGCUAAACAAUUUGAACAUCUCACAAUUUUGGAUUUAGAGGCAAUUCGUGUGUACCAAUCAUUUUUGUCUGAAGUUAGCUCACUAACUCAUCUAAGGUAUCUAGCUCUCAAAGUAGAUGGAAAUCGAAAUGAUGAUGCAGAUGUCUCACCAUUAUUACUACGGAAUCUUAAGUAUCUCAUAACAUUAAAGUUGCGAUCAGAAGCAGUGCAUUUCCCAAUUUUUUUGGGGAAUAUGAGUACAUUGAGACAUAUGAUUAUUACUGGUGGUGGGAGUUGCAAUAAGUCUUGCAUGGAGAAAUCAAGAUCAGUUAUUAUUGAAGCAAUUCCUGCUUGUUCAACAGAAUUGCAAACCUGGGUUUCGAAAUGUUCUCUCACUCCAAUGCAUGAAGAUUUAUUGAGAAAGCUUCCCUAUCUCAAAAAAUUGAGUUGUGUGGUCUCAAGUUCUGAAGGCUUUCCUGAAAUUGACUUUCUCCAUCAUCUUGAAACUCUUGAGUUAUUCGGUGGUGAUUAUGAAAGUUUUCCACUCAGCAAGUUUCCAAGUUUACCACUCAGCAAGUUUCCAUCAAGUAUUAAGGAAAUAUCUUUGGGUUAUAUUACUCUUCCGGUGUCUGUAAUUUCAACAAUUGCACAACUUCCCAAUCUUGGGAGGUUAAGUCUAACCUAUUGCAAGUUUGAGGGCUUAGAAUGGAAUGUGGAGGAGGAAACCAAAUUCCUCAAACUCAAAAUCCUCCAAUUUUAUUAUGUUGAUAUUAAAAUUUGGAAUAUUAGUUGUGCUUCUGAGUCCUUUCCUUGCCUUGAGCAAUUAUUUUUGGGAUUAUGUCGGAACUUACUACUGAUGCCUUCUAGUUUUGAUGAUGUUUUAACAUUGAAAAGGAUCAUUGUGAGAAGUUGCAAUUCCACUGUUGAAGAUUGGGUGAAGAACAUUGAGGAAUCUGCACGGGAUAUAGGAAACGAUCAACUCAAUGUCGAUAUAUCCAGCAUAUGGCAUCGUAUCAACUCUGAGGAUAAGUAAAUAUAUGAUAGUUCUGAUUCAAACUGUGAGCAUGAGUCCAACUUUGUGAAUGAGACUUGGAAUAAAUUCAAAUUAGUUGUAGAUGCCGGGAUGAGGAAAUUUGAUGGCAUGUGUGCUAAAAUAAAAAGAGGAGAAAGAAGGA